AUGUCCUUAUCGAGGAAGGCCUUGCUGCGAGUAACACCACCAUUAUCAUCACGAUAUCUUUCUGUAUUAUCAUCCCAAGUAUUACUAAGUAGCCACCUACCUAAAGGGUUUGAGAAGUUUACCAAUCCUCGCCCAACACCCCGACAAAAAGAGGAGGAGAAGGAGGAAGAUGAUAAGCCUACUACUACUCAGGGUAGUAGUAGUAAGAAGGAUGAUGAUGGAGGUGAUGGUGGUGGUAGUAGUAGCGGUAAAAAGCCUCAGCCUCCAUCACAAGGCAUCAAUAGUAUACAGACAGGCUUGGCUGUUGGCUUCCUACUCUAUCUAAUGUAUUCUGCUGCUACUACCGAAGUCAGUACUGGAGAUCUGUCCUUCCAAGACUUCCUCAAUGAGUUUUUCUUGAAGGGUAAUUAUAUUAAUUACAAGUAUAUUGCAUGA